AUGAGCUCGAAGGAUUUGUACCCACUCCGGAAUGUGGUCAACUCACCCAUCUACCCAGUUGCCAUCGGCGCAGAGUCCCAGGCUAAGAUUCCAAUGAAGCGGAUGUUGGCUGAGGACUUGACCGGAGAGGGCGAGAGCCACAGGAUGAAGCUGAUGUGUCUGCGCCAGGAGUCUUCGAAAUGUCUUCGCAAAUCCGAUCGUUUUGCCUCCGGCCAGAUCCCCGAAGCUUCCCCGCGCCGCCGCCGCGAGCCCAUUCCUCCCCGUCUCAACAAAGCUCAUCAAGUAAUGUUCGCCCACGACCAAUUCCCCUCCGUUGCCAACCGGCAUCCCACCACACCCAGGGUGCUUGCUAGAUCCGAGGGGUGUUUGCUUUGUGGCCUGACGUCCACGAAUAAAGGUGUUCUCAAAAGACACAUUAUAGACCAACAUUACCCUCAGUUCCAGUACACCUGUGUGGAACCCGGAUGCGGCCUGAACAAGCACCGCAAAGAUAAAAUACGAAACCACAUACGAAGUCAUCCGGCAUUAGAUCCCGAAAGCUUUGUUCGGACAGAGUUCGCUGCGCCCCCGCAAUGCACCAUCUGCUCGAAGGUCAGCAACAGCUGGGAUGCGUUUUAUACAUGUUUACUUUCGCAUCAUGAGACUGCUUCGCAACCCGAGCAAGCUGCUUUUGAAAGAAGCACAGCCAAAUAUGGCCGAGGAUCCAAGGAUAGCUCAUUAUUUAAGGCAGUCUCAGGGCUUUAG